AGCUGUGCACAGAGCAGAAGCCAAGCGCCUGCUCUUUGCCCCACCCAAGCUCAGAGCCUGAGAACAACCUCCUCCCUCUUCCCAAAAGCCAACAGCAGAGAGCAUGCUUCAAACUGAAUAAGGAAGCCUUCGCAAACUGUUAAGGCUGCUUUCAAAAGCUUUAACUUCACCCAUCAGACCAGCCUUGGCUGCAUCCCAACUCCUGCACAGCCCUGUGUGCUGCUGGAAACCCCCCACAACCAGAGCCUGAGCGAAAAAACACAGGAAGGGCUGAGAAGGCUCCAGAACUGGUUUCAACAACUUUUUCAAGUUUGGGUGAUCAUCAAGAGUUUGCCAGUGAUGCUGACAAUAAUUGCCUCUGUGACAGGUGACUAAGACCAAGCAGAAGGAAAGAGGACAAACGUGCAAUUGAGAGGGACAGAAAGGUAUGUCCCACCUGUCAUCUUUGCUGUAAUUAAGCUUUUGGAGGGCUUAGUGGGAAACUAAAAUGGCUGAGGUUUCACAUACUGCUUAGGCAAAGUCCCUUUUCAGCCCCUUUCGAAGUAUCCCUGGUAUCAGCAACCAGCUCCAGAGGCUGGGACACCAGGUGGAAGGAAGGGACACCAGUGAAGGUGUCUUGCUCCUGGAACAGCUCCUUGCACCUCAGCUAGCGCCAGGCCAUUUCAUCCCCCACUGGAGUGUUCCUCGGUGCUGGGGGCUGAGCCAGCACAGCCCCACUGCAGCACACACCUCUCAGCCUCCGGACGAGAUGGCCGCCCUCAUCGCUGAGAACUUCCGCUUCCUCUCCUUGUUCUUCAAGAGCAAAGAUGUGAUGAUUUUCAAUGGCUUGGUGGCCCUGGGCACAGUGGGGAGCGAGGAGCUCUUCUCAGUCGUUGCCUUUCACUGCCCCUGCUCCCCUGCCCGCAACUACAUCUAUGGGCUGGCUGCCAUCGGUGUCCCGGCCCUGGCUCUCUUCGUCAUUGGUGUCAUCUGGAACAAUCACACCUGGAACCUGGUGGCCGAGUGCCACAAGCGUGGCGCCAAGAACUUCUCUGCUGCUGCCACCUUCCUCCUCUUCGGCUCCAUCAUGGGCCGAGCGUCUGUGGCACCCAUCACUUGGUCAGUCAUCUCGCUGCUGCGUGGGGAAGCUUACAUCUGUGCCCUCAGCGAGUUUGUCAAGCCAUCCUCCCUGGACAAGUUUCCAGCUGAAUACGGGGCCGAGGUGCUGGCCAAGAUCCCCUGUAGAGACGUCCCUGCAAACCUCACCAAGUUCAGGGACGAGGUGACCCGGAGGCUGAGAUACGAGUCCCAGCUCUUCGGCUGGCUGCUCAUCGGCAUCGUUGCGGUCCUGGUUUUCCUCACCAAGUGCCUGAAGCACUGCUGCUCGCCGCUGAGCUACCGGCAGGAGGCCUACUGGGCCCAGUACCGCUCCAACGAGGACAAGCUCUUCCGACGCACGGCCGAGGUCCACUCCAGGAUCCUGGCAGCCAAGAAUGUGAAACAAUUCUUUGGCUUUGUGGCACUGGACAAGGAGGAGAAGGAGCUGGUGCAGGAGUUCCCGGUGGAGGGCGUCCAGCCAAGCCCCCAGUGGAAUGCCAUCACAGGUGUCUACAUCUACCGAGAGAACAAGGGCUUCCCCCUCUACAGCCGCCUCCACAAAUGGGCCAAAGGGGUGGAAGGGAACGGGCCAACCCCAGAAGGCCACGAACUGCUGUUUUUAGCUUCCUAAGACAGAUGUGCAUCAGCAGUGCUUCCCCUGACUGCCUGGCAGGCCUCCCAGUAUCUGUGUUCAACUGAGGGAUGCACUGGGAACAUUCCUCCCGGCAGGAUUACUUCUAUCAGCAGGUAAAGAGGAAUCAACAGCCUCAAGGCACAGACUGAUAAGCAAUACCCUGAGCUGGGGAACCUCUCCCUGGGAGACAACAGUCUCACUGCUGCUCCCAGAGACACAGGGGAGCAAAGAGCAGAUGCAGCCCUUAACUCCAGGCUGCCAGUGCAGCCUACUGCCUGACACACCAGCAGAAGCCGUGGGGAGCAAGAGAUGGGCACAUUUCUCACUGUGAUUCUUGCAGUCCCACUUGUCUCCCCCGCAGCAGGGUUAGCCCCAGCCAUCCCAUACCUAUUUGAUUUAUUGACAUUGAUAUCUUCUUACACACUUGUGUGAUGCCUGUUACACAGGCAGGUCCCAGAGCACUUUACAGACUUUACAGUGCAGGUAAAAGAAGGAAGCAGUGGAUAAAUUCCUGAGACAAGGAGGAUGCAAUAGCAUCCGGGAAUGAAUGGGUCAGUAAUAGCCACCAACCAAAUAACUGAGAGACUAAAGCAGGAGGAAUCACCAAUAAGGCACUCUGUAAUUACCGAGUUGAAAUUUGGGUAAGACACCAAACUCCCUUUGUUCUUACUAAAGUGCCAGGCAAUCACUAAUGAGCCCAAACUUCUCUGCUGCUGCCACUCUGCUUCAAAUGGUCACCUCCAUGAGUUUAUAAAUCCAGAGGAGGCACCAUCAUCAGAACAGCUUUGGGGCAAGGUAGCGAGGUGGAGACUGAGAGGAAUCAGUACCCACAGCACUGUCUGCAUCUCAUUGCAUUUGUCAUCCAGCCAUCAGAUGAGAGUCCUUUGUUUGGGUUACAAGCUGCAGGACGAUCUCAACCAGAAUUAGCUUUACAUAAAUGUAUGUAUAAACAUACAUAUAGUGGAUAUACCACAUAACUGUCAUUAGCGUGUUGUAUUAAUGGAGCAUCUUUCUCAGAGGGGAAGGGGAUGAGAAAGCUGACAGCCCAAAGAGCACAUUGCAUUCACCCAUCUGCUGCACUGGGACUGCAGCCCUGGAGCAACAAGGGGACAGCAGGAAGAGAAUGGGGGAGCAGCCUUCUCCCUACACAUCUACCACUGAAUUUUCUAAAACUCUUUCCACUGCCUUAAUUGGCCCCUGGAGCACAACGUCUCUUUUAUGGACUUGGCCAUACUCUGGGAAAGCAAAACCAGAAAGGUGUAAAAUCACUGCCCUCACCAUGACACUGUGUGACUAUGGCUUCAAGGCUGCUCCUCUGGCAUUGCACAGUCCCUUUUCUCCCAGGGGUCAAUCCUGUGUACACUGUUUAAAGAGCUGGCAUGACAGAGAGGUUUGGUUUUCCUACUUGAACUGUUUUCUUAUAGAUACAACUUCCUUUUACACAGUGCCAUUUACCAAAAAGCCUUAAGUUGUUCAAAAAACAGCCCAAACCCACAAAACUCAGAGGGGCUUACACACAUGGAGAUUUGAAAUAAAUUAUUAAAUGAGAGUUA